AUUUCGUCAUCAUGGCACAAACCUAAUGGGCUGAGGGCAAAGGGAAUAUUUAUAAAGACCGUAUAAUGUAAACGUCGCAAAAGCAAACGUCAGGAGUAAUAAUGACGCAGGUAAUGCGCAAACACAUUGGCACAAUGUAAGUAUAUGUGCGCAUAUUUAUAUAUAUAAUGAUCAUGUGUAUAGAUAGAUGAUCAUAGAUUAAGCAGGCACUCGCUGUAUGUCUUAUAACUGUCUAAUUGCUGUAUAUACCAACAAGCACUCUUUAUAUUUAGCAAGCUGUGUGUGUAAAGUCCUCUCUAUAUUAACCCCCACCCAUUUCCCCUACAGCCAAAAGCAGAUCCCCCAGCUCCCACCCAAUCCAUGUGCUUGUUAGUAACAGAACUUGUGAGUGUUUCUCACAAUAUAGCGAAGGUUAAAGACUUUUUCACUGUCCCUUCUUGGCCGGUCCUGCCUUAGGGACCGCACACCCCGCUGCACCCCUGUCCCCAAUCGUAGUUUUAGCACUGGAGCGUAAAAGAGGUGCCAUUAUUAGUCUCCGCCCCCGGCCUGUCUCGGGCAGCCCAUAGGAGAGGGAUUGGGGAGAGGAGCCUGACUGCACUCAGUCACACACCAGGACCUGUCAGUGAAACACCAUUUACGCAUCGACUUUGGUGCUCAGACUGGAAGAAAUCGCAGCGAUCCUGGAGCUAACCGUCUAAUUACCACUAUUCGCCCCAGGAUGUCUCUGAGCUCCAAAGCUCACGCCUUUUCAGUGGAAUCACUAGUGGGGAAAUCUAUUAAGAGGAAAUUAAUGGAGAGCAAAGAAGAGAUGCAACAAGUAGGGGACCGGGACAACGGGGAAGACGCUACAGAGGGGACAACAGAAGCCCCAAGGCAGGAGAAAACUGCCCAGAAACCCCUCACUCUUGGGAUCCCCUCUCCGGACACCGACCCCGAAUACCGUCACCGGCAGGAGUCAGUGCAGGUGGAGCUGCAGGGCUCCGAACUAUGGCGGAGAUUCCACGACAUCGGCACCGAAAUGAUCAUCACUAAAGCUGGGAGGAGAAUGUUCCCUUCCAUGCGGAUUAAAGUCAAAGGCCUGGAUCCUUCCAAGCAAUAUUACAUCGCUAUGGAUGUCACUCCUGUGGACUCCAAAAGAUACAGGUAUGUCUAUCACAGCUCUCAGUGGAUGGUUGCAGGGAACACAGACCAUUCCUGUAUUACCCCAAGACUGUACAUUCACCCGGAUUCACCUUGUUCCGGAGAGACCUGGAUGAGGCAAAUCGUUAGCUUUGACAGGAUUAAACUGACCAACAAUGAGAUGGACGACAAAGGACAUAUUAUUUUGCAGUCGAUGCACAAGUACAAGCCUCGUGUGCAUAUUAUUGUCCAGGACUCCAGAUUUGACUUGUCUCAGAUACAGUCUCUGCCAGCUGAAGGGGUUAAAACAUUCUCAUUCAAAGAAACAGAAUUCACAACAGUAACAGCUUACCAAAACCAACAAAUAACAAAACUGAAAAUCGACAGAAAUCCCUUUGCUAAAGGAUUCAGAGACCCUGGAAGGAAUAGGGGUGUACUGGAUGGCCUUCUAGAAACCUACCCUUGGAGACCGCCUAUUACCAUAGACUUUAAAGCCUUUGGAGCUGAGACACCUGGAGGCAGCUCUGGUUCCUCACCUAUCACUUCCAGCGGGGGAGCUCCAUCACCUUUGCUGUCUCCGUCCUGCUCGCCUCCAUCAUUUCACCUGCCCACGAGUAGCCAUGGACUCGCCUGUUCUGAAAACUGUCUGCACAAUAUCAAUAUGCCCCUGUGCUAUAAGAUUUGUCCUACAAACAUUCUGAGACAGCGGGCACUACUCUUUGCCAAUCAGGAUAAACUUGGAAGCCCAAGCUCACAGGUUCCAUCAGUAAUGGUGGAUGUUCCAUUGUUUUCACCCUUUGGCAUCUCAAAAACCAACAAACUUGAAACGUUUAAGGGACAGUGUCUCCAAGCCCCUUCAGCUGCCAAUCAAAUGUUGUAUGGAUUACCUACACCUGGAAGCGUUUUGCCCUCAAGUUCCAUUUCACCGGAAACGCUUAAUUGCUCUUUACAUUCUCCGUAUGGCUUUUAUGGGUACAACCUUUCCGUACCACCUCACUUGAUCACAGCAGCAAACCAUUUAAGAAUGUCUGACAGUUUUCCAAGUUCCUUCAGAGAUGUCCGAUGCAAUAACUUUCACUGGCAGCCAUCACUCAAUCAUUGCCUGUAGUGAGGCUGUUGACUUUUUGCGACUGGACAAUCCUUACAUGUAAGACAUUAUUUAAUUUGGAAAUAUCAAUACCAAAGACUUUUGACUAUGAUACUUACUGGUUUAUUAAUGGAAUAAAUAAAUGCACCUACGUCUUAAAUGGCCAA